AUGUCUAAAACUAAUGUCACGUCUGAAGUUGUGUUACGCGAUGCGCGAUAUAACGAGCUUCCUGAAAUUGCACAUAUUAUGACAAAGGCAUUUUGGGAGGACAACUUGUUUGGCGAUCUCAUACACCCUCAUCGCAAGACGUAUCCUGACGAUACAUACUUAUACUGGUUGAGACGAGCACGCGUUAACUUUUGGGAUUAUCGGUGGAAGUGGCUCGCUGCUGUGAGCAAAGAUGAGAGUGGUAGAGAAACCAUCGCCGGGAUUGCGCAGUGGGCACGAUUGGGAGAGGGCGGCCGAAAGCUUGAAUGCUCGUAUUUGGAUCCUCGGAACUUACUCAAGCCUUUGUCUUCGGUCGCUAUGAAAGUCCAUAGUUGGGCCUGGCCAAAUCGUGCAACUGAUCCAGGAGUGGAAGAUGUUAUAGAACGGGCAUAUCCUUGUUUCGACCAUAUAUGGAGUGGAGAACGAGCUGAGUCCUGGUAUCUCGAGUGCCUAGCAGUACACCCUGAGUUUCAGGGAAGAGGCAUAGGAAAGGAAUUAGUACAAUGGGGGCUGGACAAGGCUCAGGCUGAAGGCGUUUGUGCUUCAGUUGUGAGUGCCUUGGGUAAAGAUGGAUUCUACGCCAAAUGUGGGUUUGACGAGCAAUAUGGAAGCGCAAGACAGGGCGAGGGCAACCCGUUGGCUGACGUGGAGGGUUCUAGUAUUUACUGGAAAUGGCCAAAUCGUGGAAAGUAG